AUGCUUCACGAAAUCCUCCUCUCCCUCUCCGGCCAACCGUCCCCGCUCUUCAGUCCACAAGGGAAGGACGCUCUCGCGCAAGAUGACCUCGCCCUUCUCUCUCCUCCGGAAAAAGCACUCCUCGGAUCAGUCGCCCAUCUAAGUCAAAUUCAUGCGCAGUUACGAUCCUACACCUCCCAGAUAUCGUCCGCCCAUGGUUCCGUGAUUUGCCGCUCUGUCUCCACGACAAUCGCUACGGCGCACCUGGGUGAAUUCCAGAAGAAGAUCCUUGAAGUGGAAAAGGCAAUUUUAGCCGAAGACAGCGAAUAUGUGGGCGGCUACGGUAUCGUUCCGUUAUCAACACUCGUUGGGGAAUUCGCACCUUGGACACGGCGCAUGGAGUGGCUAUGGGAAAUUGUCAAGUUCAUUGUGCCAGAGAGGUCAACCGCGGUGCGCUCCGGCGGGUGUUCUGGGGCAGGUCUGAUCGACCAUCUGCGGGCCCAAACUCAAACGGGGUAUCUAGACAUCAAGGAGAUGGCGGUACAACUGGUUACGGCAGCUGAAACGGCAUGGAUGAAACAGCUGUCAAUGUGGCUGCUGUAUGGAAACUUGCCCAUGUAUGGGAAGGAGGACUUCUUCAUUCACCAGGACGAUACCGAGGAUGACGACAGCCAGUUCAGUAUACAACCUGACCUACGGCCGAAGUUCGUCUCUGUACAAACAGCAGGGUCUAUUCUUUUCAUCGGGAAGUCCCUAAAUCACAUUCGCGCAAAAAGGAAAACAUCCUCUGGCAUUUCGACGGCGCCGGUGACCCUGUAUCAGGAGCACAUUGAGCAAUUGGCAGGCUUGAAAUCACCCAUCUCAGCCUCCAAGCUCUCUACGGCGGUGGACUGGAUUCGACUUUCGCUGUCCCAGUCAACAUUAUCUAAGCUGCUUCCACUUCCUAAGAUCCUUGAGAUGCUCGAACUCCUCCACAAUUUCCUGCUGCUAGGACGAGGCGAAUUUGCCGUGGCGCUGGUCGCACAUGCAGAUUCUCGCAUGGAUGAAAGUCGGCGAAGAGGAGCUCGCGGACAAGUACCUGGGGCUCUGGAAAAUUACCUCGUCAAAGAGGGAGACGUAAUGACUGCAUUGGCCCAGGCAUGGGCAGAGCUUUUCUCCCUACAAAAAGAGGAAGACCCUGCCGACGAAGAGCUCGAGCUGGCUCGAGAACUCCUUCGAUUGUCGAUCAGCGAGCGAAAAAGUGGCCGUUCAGCGACCCCGUCGCAAGGAGCAGGUGUGUUGCCGGAGAUAUCUACGAUCUCUUUCGAAGAUCUGCUAUUUCCCACACCCACGAGCCUGACCAUUCAAGUCCGCGCUCCACUCGACCUGUUCCUGUCCAGUUCGGACAUCGUCAUCUACUCUAAGAUUCAUUCAUACUUACUAGGAAUCCGACGAGCCCAGAUCCGCCUCGGGGAUUUAUGGAAACGAACCUCCCUGCGAAGAAACCACCCUUCGCCAUGGGGGCCGCCACGGAGUAAUAGUGCGUUCGGUCAAAAUAAGCUUAGAGAGAGCCGGGCGAGGGACAACGCUCGGAUCCGCCAUAUGCGACCAGUUUGGGCAACCGGCAGUGCUUGUCUCUUUGUUCUCUCGGAGAUCGGCACGUUCUUCCAAGGAGAAGUCGUCCAUGAGUCCUGGCAGCACCUACGUGAGUGGAUUCAAGGAAGUCCCGAAUCCACAUCAGUCUCUGGGUCUCGACCAGGGACCGCUUCUUCAGCCAAGCCGCCAUGGCACUCUCGAGAGGCCACACCGGACCGAACUUCGAGUCGGCCGUCCUCACAGUCGGGUCCGACAAUGGUGCGGCAUGAUCCAGAAGCUUUGACCGUAGCCCACCGUCGCCACCUAUCAAGUCUUGUGAAGUCUUUGUUCCUGACGGAAGUGCCAUUCACAUCCGCACUGCGGGCCCUUCUGACGUGUGUGGAUCGGUUUGUAGCGCUUACCAUUCGCCUCGAGACAAUUCAACGUAACAUGGAUCUCGAAACGGAUGAAGGCGUGGUAGAUGCUCUAGUCGACUACGCACAAGAAGAGCACGAAGUUUGGCAGGAACUACGAGCCACGAGCGACAACGUGCAGAGCGGUAUGAAGGAUCUCGUCACGAGCCUCCGAGAAAUUGACGACAGUCGAUCGGGAGGAGAGACCGUCGGGACUGCCACAACGGGACAAUUGGGGAAUGGGCCGAGCCCGGGCCCUAGCUUCCGCCACUACGUUCCGCGCCAACCAGCGGGAGUGGACCGACUCCUCAUGAAGCUGGACUUCGGCAGUCUGCGAGGCGCGGCGAUCACAGGCUUGGCCUUGGAAUAG